AUGGCUAACCCGAGGCAGAGGAGAAAGAGCCGAUCCGGCACCUCCAACAAGCCCUCGGCCAGCGCAAAGAGAAAGCUCCAGCAGAAACUCGUCCGCGCACCCGAAAUCAAGGGGCCCGACGUCCUCAAGAACUCGUGGGACAAGAAGCUCACCGUCAGGCAAAACUACGCAAAGCUCGGCCUGCUCCCCUCGCUUUCGCACAACCAGUCGGGAGGCUUAGAGAGAUCCGACCCCUACCACCCGGCCAACAUCGCCGCAGCAUCGGCGGCCGCAGCGGCAGCGGCAGCAGAAUCGGGCAAGCCCAAGAAGGGCAUGGCCCGCAUCAUCCGCGACGACGAGGGCAACGUCGUCGACAUCAUCGAGGCCGCAGACGACGAAGAGACGACGCCGUGGGGAAAGCCGCUCAAGGACAUCGUCGACUCUGACGAACAGAUUGAAAACUGGAUGCCGCCCAAGUCGAACCUCGACAAGGACGGCAACCCCAUCGUGCAGGCCCUCGAGCAGCUCGAAGCCCAGGCCGCCCCCGUCAUCCGGCAUACCUCGACCGCAGAGCGCACCUGGCUCCACGAAAUGGUGCAGAAGCACGGCCAGGACAUCGAGAGCAUGGCAAAGGACAGGAGAAUCAAUGUCCACCAAAAGACGGCCGGCGAGAUCCGCAGGGCCAUCAACAAGGCCGGUGGAUUCGAGGCCCUCGCCCUCUGA